AUGAUAACGAGGGAUAAAGAUGAAAGUGAAGUGGAAGAAGAGGGUGGUGAUAAUUCGUUUCGGGGGGGUAGAGAUGGUGAGAGAAAUGGCCUGAGCUAUAACGGCAGCUCGGGGGGGGAAGUUCAGAUGGUAGUACCUGUAGGGGAUGCGACUUACGAGAAAAUCAAGGAGGAUAAGGCUGAACGAACUCGCAAAGGGGAAGACGCAUCGAUGAGAAUGGAUAUAGAAGAUUACACAGAUAAGGAGGCGCAUCCGGAACAGAGGCUAUUGACUGAGGACCCAUUGGAAGAGGUCGCCCCCUUCCAGGGUGGGAAUAAGGCUCACGUGAAAAACGAACAAAUGGAAAGCAUCAAUUUUAAGGCGAUAAAGGUGGUACCGGGUGGCGAAGAGAAGAGACUAUCGGGGGGGGCGUAUGGGUAUGUAAGUGAUGAGAAUGGCACAAGCGGAAGGGGUCAAAAUGGAGCGGUCACUCCGGGCGGAGCGGCCAAUCGGGCAGGAGCGGUCAAUCAGGCAGGAGCGGCCAAUUGUAGUGACGUACCUGAAGACUUAAUCAUACUACCAGCUGACGAAAUUGGGGACAGGCGCAGGAGGAGAGUAAAUUCCUCAGGCGAGGGAUUAUACACAGACGAAGAUAAAGAAGGGCAGGACAAUCACAUGAUGAAAAGGGGCUUCCAAAAAUGGCAUAACGAGAAUAUUAUGGGCAAGGUGGCGGAGAAAAGUUGUAAUAAUAUAAUGGACGACACGUCCAAUGACUUCACUGUUAUCGAUGCUCCUGACGAUACAGCGUUGGAACGUGGUGCGCAGAAUAGAGGAAGCCAUAAGAGAAGCAAGCCUCUGUUUGACGACCCGAGUGUGAAGCAGGAGGGAGAAAAAAAAAUGAAAAAAGGCCAGGAAGAAACCGCUGACUACGGAGUGGUGAGAGGCAAGGCGGGGAACCAAACGAAAGUGCGAACGAAGAAGGAGCCCAGGGGGAGGGCCUGGAGAGCGGCGAAGAAGGAGGACGUCGCCAAGGAGGGGGAUACUGAAAACGUGGAGAGAACAACUAGUGGUGACCCGCCGAGGGGGCCUUCCAGAAAGGAUAACUUUCACCUGUACUGCCAAAAUUAUAAUAAAAUUUUUGGAGACGCGGGUGAUAGGGAUGUCUCCAAAUGUGAAACUGGAGGAAUGAUGAGCUCCACGCGGGACGCUCCUUCGGGCGACACUGACAGUGGCAAUACCCGGAGUGAGAACACUCGCAGUGAUCCAAUCCAUCCGCUUGACAGCCGCACCCUGGCGAAGCAAAAAGAUGAAGAGAGCUGGAAGAACCAACUGAGCGAAAUAUGGAGCAUAAUUUACGACACAAAUGGGGAUGGUAAUCCCGUGAAUGGAAAAAACCAACUGAGAGUCAACAAUCGAAAGAACAAGAUAAUCUAUCCGUCCAUUUAUAAAGGUGACAAAAAGGAAUGGUUUCGUGCAAAGAAGGAGGGCGAGUGGCUCGUCCACAAGCUGUGUGACUGGUUCUACAAUGAGAAGGAAAAGCUAUACUUUAAUAUAAAGACGGAGGGGAUUUACUAUGUUAAGGAUGGCUCUUUUCUCAAAAUCGAGAGCUCGUUUGACGAAAGGGGAGGCGACAGUGGAAGUGGCAAUCGGAGUGACAGUCGACGGGGGAGCUUCAGUGAGAAUGUACACGAAGAGGGCUUCUCAUAUGAAUUCCAUUCUGAUGAUACGUUGUUGAAUAAAAAAGGAAAGACAACUAACGGGGAUGGGAGAAAUUUGUCUGCAAACGUCAGCGACAUGGUCAGUGAUCAGAGCGUGCCUGUGGAGGUCUCUGUAUCUAUUGAGGACAACGGCAGCAUGAGAAGCAGCUCCAGUCGGGUCAUUAGUCGAAGUAGCAGCGGGGAUGCCGGUGCUGAGGCCGACUCGGGCAGCAGCAAUUUGAGGAGUGACAAGACGGAACAGGGGAAUGGCUCAGCUGAUAGCGGAUCUCCUGGUAGCGGUUCACCGGAUAAUCGCUCCCUUGAUAGGCGACGGCCCAACCGGGACAACGGCGAGGGGAACGACGAAACGGUAGAAGAAUUCAGCAUGGUCCUGGAGGACGACUUAGUCUGCGGCACCUACAGCCAAAAGGGGGACCACAGCCGAUGCGAAAAUGAAGAUCUUUACGUGACAAAGGAGAUUCUGGAUCUCAAUAACGUGUCGGAGAGUGACGGACUCUGUUUCUUCAGUGGGGUGUUUGACGGGCACGGUGGAUCCAACUGCGCGAGGUACGUAAUGAAACACCUGAAGACAAACUUAAUAGCAAAAUUUAGGCAGUCCUUCCUAAUCACAUGUAAAAAGCAGAGCAAGGAGAAGGAAUCCAAACCAAAUGACUUCAGUGCCGAGAUAAGGGCAUUAUAUGAUAGCUGCAUUAAAGGGUUCGAUAUGACAGACAAGAAUUACAUCGAGUUGUCGAAAAAGUAUCACUAUAAAGAUGGCUGUACAGCGUGUAUCGUUUUGAUUUACGGACCCGAUGACGAUGGGUCGCUGAAAGUCCUCUGUGCAAACUGCGGAGAUUCAGGCGGACUUAUAUGUCAUGAUAGGAAGCCAGUGAAGCUGUCAGUAAUGCAUAAACCAGAUUUACAAGAAGAACGGAUGAGAAUAAUCAAAUGCGGAGGGAUCAUAGCGAAUAUAAAGGGGAUAAACCGAAUCAUCACGAAGCAUAAGGUGAAAGGACAGACGGUUCGGGAGAAGACCUAUUUGGCCUUGUCCACCUCCAGAUCGUUUGGAGACAUUUUAUACAAAGUGCCUAAAAAAAUUGUUCUGUGCAAACCUUUUAUUAGUGUUUACACGAUUGAUUUUGACAUGGAUUCCUUUUUGGUGCUGGCUACGGAUGGGAUUUUAAAUGUCCUUACGGAUAAGGAAAUCAUCGAUAUUGUUUGGAGGAAUAUCCACAGGAAGCCGGAGGAGGCUGCGGAGGAGGUGGUCCAUGAGGCCUCGAGGCGCGGCUCUACGGACGACAAGACGUGCACCGUCAUUUUCUUUUACUGGAGGAAGGACAUCUUUCGCGGCAAGUCCGAGGAUGCUUCCAUGGACGCGCCUCCGCGCGAGGAGUCCCCUGGCGAGGACAUCAACAUGUUUUCUGAAGUUUUCUGA